GGUUACAGCUUGUCUGCCACACAUCGUCAGUUACUUCCCCAAGAGAGGUAUCGUGUUACGGUCGACAGAACCUGGACCAAUUAACUACGAGAUGGGGUGUUCUCGCGUCGUUGUAACUGCCUCGCUACUAAUACUCUCCGUGACUGCUGUUACUGCUUCGCGAAACAAGCAGGUCGUUGUCGAGUACGAUAACGGAGAUAUUGGUCGGUACAAUGAGACCGUAAUUCUAAGAGGCAAGGUAGUUCAGCGGAACAACCAUUUUUCGGGAUGUAUAGAGGACUUUAAGAAAAAGAGGUCAGCAGUGAUUUACAACAGUGCCAACAACACGUGCAUUCUCUUGCCAACACUUGUCACGCUGAAACACGAGCGGGAAGUAGUGAAGACUGGCCUCGAUCCGGGACCUUACCGUCAAGUCAGUCUCCAAGCUGACAGUUACGCCAAAAGAACGAGGAAUUUGAGAAAGAUACUGGGUAAAAAUAUAAUGAAAUUCUGCAAAGGAAAGAAAUUACUUCUGACUCAUUUCGAGGAAGUUAAAAAAAAUGUUGAAGAUACCUACGUAGGCGAGGAUACCAUUAUUAGGAAAGAAAAUUCCCGAGGUUUUCUCCCCCCGAGGACAAGAAUUCUCUUUGGCGUCAUUUUGAGUGGUUCUGUGACAGGGACACUGACCGUCACUUCAAACAUUGAUAUUGACAUCAAUAUCGGCUCGUCAUCUGGGUCUACUGGAACCUCGACCACUAAUACCAAUACAAAUACUAAUACCAAUAACAACAAUAAUAAUAACAAUAACAAUAAUGGUGGUAGUGGUAGUAGUAGUUCUUCUGGAAAUAACAAUAAUAAUAAUAAUAAUAAUAACAAUGGUUAACUUUAAAAAGAAAGAAAUACUGCAAGUUUCCAAUCAUGAAAUUAUUGCUGUGAUUAGACAAUGCUUUGAAAUCCAAAAAUUAAUUGAUAUGUGUCUUUUUAUUACCACAUUUAUGAAUGUAUAGUUACUAACCAUCUUAUUUAAAUUGGAUGCUUAUACUCAGACCUAUACAAAUUUUGAGGAUGGAAUAUCAUACAUAUGUUAAUUGGAUGUAUGGAUUAUUAAAAUGAGAAUGAAU